AACUCGAGAGAGAAGGGGUUCGCUAAAUAAAUAUGACAACUUGUGAUAUAGUUUAUGACACUUUUCUCUGUGGUUUAGCAAUAUAUUUAUACGAUUUUAAUUGUGGUUGUUGAACAAAUAUUUUUGCAGAUCUGCAACUUGUGAUUGUUAAUAAACAAUCGCAAAAUGGGAUCGUUGACAAGCAGGCAGAACGCUGGUGUCGAAGAAGUUGAUAUCACCUCGAAUCAUGCGUAUAAAUAUCCCCCGAGAUCUGGUUCCUAUUUUGGUAGUCAUUUCAUAAUGGGUGGCGAACGAUUCGACACACCUCAGCCUGAAGCGUAUUUGUUUGGAGAGAAUGCCGAUUUAAAUUUCUUAGGCAGUCGACCGACUCCUUUUCCAUAUCCUCCACCGCAAGCUGGCGAUCCUACAAAGACUUUAAAAAGUUUAGUAAACAUAAGGAAGGAAUCUUUAAGACUGGUUCGCAAUAUGGAUCAAACAUCAACAUCUUCACAAUAUCAUAAUGUUAAGCAUUAUGGUGAUAUUGAUAUUGAUAAGAAACCUAGUCGUUUCAAUAUCGAAUUUGUAUUUGAUUGUGAUGUGAGGUGUGCUAUAACAAUAUAUUAUUUUUGUACAGAGGAGAUUACGACAAAGGGAGUUAUAUAUAUUCCACGAGAUUCAUCUAUGAAUUCUGAAACUUAUCAUUAUAAAAAAGGAGCAAAUCAGUUAUUUUCACAAACAUCACAUAUAUUUGAUCCAACAUUGUAUACUGAAGAAGAUAUGAUAUAUAAUGCAGAUAGAGAAAUUAUUCCGAUAGCUAUACAUUGUGUAGCUGAAGAAGGAUCAGACGACCCAAAACAGUCUCAUACAACCAUAGCCGUUGUUGAAAAACAUUCCGAUGGCACAUAUGUGCUAAAAGCGCUCAAACAAAAAAUUUAUGUAGACGGCCUCUGUUAUUUGCUACAAGAGAUUUAUGGAAUUGAAAACAAAAAUACUGAAAACGCAAAACAACAAGGUAGUGAUGAAGACACUGAUGACAAUGGAGCCGAAUGUGUUAUUUGCAUGAGCGAAGUACGCGACACGCUGAUUUUACCAUGCAGGCAUUUGUGUCUAUGCAAUUCUUGCGCCGAUUCCUUGAGAUACCAAGCAAAUAAUUGCCCGAUAUGUCGUGCGCCAUUUAGAGCACUCUUACAAAUUAAAGCUCUCCAAAAGUCGAGUACAAUUAUAUCAAAUCCGCCAUUGCCAGAGGGAAGCUGUGAGAAUAUUCCAUCAGGCUACGAAGCGGUAUCUCUGAUAGAGGCUUUAAAUGGACCCUACAUUCCACGGACAGCUAUUAUCGCAUCAGAAUCGCCGGAUACACCUGAUACAGAUACAGCGAGUGCUAUUCAAGCCGCAGAAACAUUAAAUCGCUCGGCUGAACGUACUCCGGUCUCGAAACAUAUAUCCACUAAAGAAGACAUAUCGGCCAGAUCCAGCGGCACUACAUGUCCAACUCCCGAAUUCCGGAUGUCCGUAUUAUUAGCCAGAGAUGAACACUCGGGUUCUCAAAAGGAAUUGCAUAAUAGAUCACCAGCUGUGCGAACGAAAUCGGUGCAUUCGCGUGACAAAUCUGGUUUAAGAGCGCGCGACACGUUGAGAUUGGUUAAUGAGAAGCAGCCAGUUUCUUUAUAUGAGGGUCAAGCACAAGACGAAGAUAGCGAAGCAGAAAAAUUGUCACCAUUAUUAGAUGCAGCUACAAGUACUGAAGCUUUAGAUGUACAUUCCCGUAGAAUAUGCGAUAUUGAUAUUGAUGAUGAAAUUCAAAAUACAGAAAAUGAAAAUGAUGUGGACAUCACUUGUCACUCCCAUUAGAAAGUGACGAAAGAUAUAUUUUUGGAUACAGUAUUCAUUCUUGUUAAAUAUUGUCUAUAUGACGUUUUAUCUUUUAUGUAAAAAAUGAAAAUCAAUUAUUUAUUCGGAAGUUAUUUACUGUGACUAUAUCAAAUUUUUUUAACAAUUUUUUAUAAUAUAUUAUAGUUAUAUUG